UGGAGAGAUUAUUAGAGAAACUUGAUGAUGUAAGAAGAAAGAAACUUUCAGAAAUGAUUGGAGGUUCUGGAGGUGGCACAUCUACUAGCACAAGCUCAGUGCCAGUUCAAAUCAUUAGGUGGGAGCGUGCCUUCUACUGAGACUUCAGAAGCCUCCUUUGUUAGAAGGUCAGCAGCAAGCAUGUUAAGUGGGAAAAGACCUGCUUCUGCUCUUCCUGCAAACAAAAAGGGUGGCUCAGUAAAAUUGGCUGGUAAUAAAAAAGGGGAUGGUUCUGGACGGUUAGAGACUUCAAAAUCAGCUGAACCACCUGAAGACAUUGAGCCUGUGGACAUGAGUCUUGAAGAGAUUGAAAGUAGACUAGGUUCUCUUAUUCAGACAGAUACUAUCUCUCAGUUGAAGAGCUCUGUAUGGAAAGAACGGCUUGAAGCAAUGAUGUCAUUAAAACAAAAGGUUGAAGGUAUACAGGACCUCGAUCAGUCCGUUGAGAUUUUGAUUCGUCUACUUUGUGCUAUUCCUGGUUGGAAUGAGAAAAAUGUUCAGGUUCAGCAGCAGGUUAUUGAAGUUAUCGCUCACAUAGCUUCUGUUGCGACAAAGUUUCCGAAGAAAUGCAUUGUACUUUGCCUUUUGGGCAUAAGUGAACGAGUGGCUGAUAUCAAGACUCGUGCCCAUGCUAUGAAAUGUCUUACUACUUUUUCUGAAGCAGUUGGUCCAGGAUUUAUUUUCGAAAGACUCUACAAAAUAAUGAAAGAGCACAAGAAUCCAAAGGUUCUUAGUGAAGGGUUAUUGUGGAUGGUUUCUGCAGUCGAAGACUUUGGUGUGGCACAUCUGAAGCUUAAGGAAUUAAUUGAUUUCUGUAAGGAUGUUGGACUGCAAUCCAGUGCAGCUGCCACCAGAAAUGCUACAAUUAAGCUUUUGGGUUCUUUACAUAAAUUUGUUGGUCCAGAUAUCAAAGGAUUUCUUGUAGAUGUCAAACCAGCAUUGCUUACUGCACUUGAUGCUGAGUAUGAGAAAAAUCCAUAUGAGGGUGCUUCUGCAGUUACAAAGAAGACUGUUAAGUCAUCAGUAUCCACAAUGGCAACGUCUGCAGGUGGGCUGGAUGGCCUGCCACGUGAAGAUAUUAGCGGAAAGAUUACUCCCACUCUGCUAAAGAGCUUGGAAAGUCCUGAUUGGAAGAUCCGUUUGGAGUCAAUUGAAGCUGUAAAUAAAAUUCUGGAGGAUGCUAACAAGCGUAUUCAGCCAACUGGAACUGGAGAGUUAUUUGGUGCUCUUAGAGGUCGUCUUUAUGAUAGCAACAAAAAUAUAGUUAUGGCAACUCUGACAACUAUUGGUGGUGUUUCAUCUGCAAUGGGACUUCCUGUUGAGAAGUCAAGCAAGGGUAUUCUAUCUGAUGUUUUGAAAUGUCUUGGUGACAACAAGAAGCAUAUGAGAGAAUGCACUUUGAAUGCACUUGAUUCCUGGCUUGCUGCUGUUCAUCUUGAUAAAAUGAUUCCUUACGUUACGACAGCUUUGAUGGAUACCAAACUCGGUGCAGAAGGGCGUAAGGAUCUUUUUGAUUGGUUGUCAAAGCAACUUGCUGGAUUAAGUGAUUUUCCUGAUGCUGUGCAUCUGCUGAAACCAGCCAGCUCUGCUAUGACGGACAAAUUAUCAGAUGUACGAAAAGCAGCAGAAGCUUGCGUCUCUGAAAUUCUCAGAGUUAGCGGACAAGAAACAGUUGAGAAAAAUCUUAAAGAUAUCCAUGGACCAGCUUUAGCACUUAUUCUUGAACGACUGAAACCCUAUGGCAUCAUUCAAGAAUCUUUUGAAUCUACAAAAGCAAAUUCGACGGGAGUGACUUCUAGAGGAAGCUCCAAAGUUGUAAAAGCUGCUUCCAAUGGUGUCUCAAAGCAUGCUAAUAGAGCUAUAUCUUCAAGAAUCAUUCCAAUGAAGGGCUCAAGACCAGAGUCAAUUGCUUCUGUUAAUGAUAUAGCUGUUCACUCUCAGGUUUUGCUGAGUAUCAAGGAUUCAAAUAAGGAAGAUAGAGAGAGGAUGGUGGUUCGUAAGGUUAAGUUUGAAGAGCUACGGUUAGAACAGAUACAAGAUCUUGAGAAUGAUAUGGUGAAAUAUUUUAGGGAGGAUUUGAGCAGGCGGUUGUUAAGCACAGAUUUCAAAAAGCAAGUUGAUGGGCUUGAGAUGCUGCAGAAGGCGCUUCCAUCUGUUCGAAAAGAGAUAGUUGAAGUUUUGGAUAUACUUUUGAGGUGGUUUGUUUUGCAGUUCUGUAAAUCUAACACAACAUGCCUGUUGAAUGUACUUGAAGUUCUUCCUGAACUUUUUGAUAUAUUGAAGGAUGAGGCAUACUCUAUGACCGAAUCGGAAGCUGCCAUAUUUCUUCCUUGCUUGAUUGAGAAGUUGGGGCAUAACAUUGAGAAAGUUAGAGAAAAGAUGCGUGAACUGACAAAGCAGAUAGUCCACUAUUAUUCGGCAAUAAAAACUUAUCCUUAUAUUUUGGAGGGUUUGCGUUCUAAAAACAACCGCACUCGGAUAGAAUGUGUUGAUCUUGUUGGGUUUUUGAUUGAGAAUCGUGGAGCUGAGGUCAAUGGAUUGUUUAAAUCCUUGCAAAUGGUUGCAAGCUUGACUGCAGAAAGAGAUGGUGAAAUCAGGAAAGCUGCUCUAAACACACUUGCUACUGGUUAUAAGAUUCUCGGUAUGUGAAAUUGUUUCAUGGCCAUUU